UUUGGCAACAGCGACAUUCAGCAACUAGAUGGCAGUAGUUACCGUCUCUAUCAGUUGUUAGUUUUAUCAAGCUGAAAACAAGAAGAAGACAUUCAAUCGGGAAAAAUGGCUACCCCAGAUGGUUGUGAACAUUACGUGCGCAGCUGUUUGAUGAAAGCACCUUGCUGUGGCAAAUUAUACGUCUGUCGAUUGUGCCACGAUGCAAAAGAAGAUCAUGAAAUGGACCGUUUCCAGGUUAAAGAGGUCCAGUGCUCUCAUUGUCUCACAGUGCAGGAGGCACACCAAACUUGCCAGGAGUGUAAUGUGAAAUUUGGGGAUUACUAUUGUGAUAUCUGCCACUUGUUUGAUAAGGAUAAAAAACAAUAUCACUGUCAACCCUGUGGAAUUUGCAGGAUUGGCCCUAAAGAAAAAUAUUUCCACUGUGAAAAGUGCAAUCUCUGUUUAGCAAGUGAAAUGCGAGGGAACCACAAGUGUGUUGAAAAUGUUUCAAGACAGAACUGCCCAGUGUGUAUGGAGGAUAUCCACACAUCCAGAAUAGGAGCCCACGUUCUUCCCUGCGGGCAUCUUCUGCAUAAAACAUGCUUUGAUGACAUGGUCAGAACAGGUGCGUAUCGCUGCCCGCUCUGCAUGCACUCUGUGUGGAACAUGGAGGACCAAUGGGAAAUGAUGGAUAGAGAGAUCGCCCAGUCCCCUAUGCCCACUGAAUACCAGGAUGCUACUGUGAAGAUCAUAUGUAAUGACUGUCAGGCCCACUGUACAGUUCCAUUCCAUGUCCUGGGCAUGAAGUGUGGCGGUUGUGGCUCCUACAACACGGCCCAGGAUGGAGGCCUCAUGGAGCAGCUCCCGGAACGAGCAGCCCAGCCACAAGAACAACAACAACAGCAGCAGCAGCAACCAGAACCAGAGCAGGAGACCCAGUCUCAGUGAUGACACAUUGGCAAUCCAUCCUAGUCCGCUAGACUAGGCACUUGUUUGCCCGUUUGUCUCCCUUUCUCAACGAUCCCAUUUGCUGAAGAUUAAAGACCUUUAAGUCUAAAUGGCUCAAUCCUAAAUGUUCAGUUGUGCUUUUAAGGUCUAAUGUCCUUAAACGUUAGUCUAUUUGUUGUUAAACAGCACUACUAAAUGGUGUAUGAUUAUACAUUUUAAAAUGACUAAAGGUAGAAUACAGAUUUGGUCUUCAAUAUAUUUUUCAUACAGUAACCACUCUUGCAUUGAACAUAGUCUGGCAAUAUGUAUUGAAGGCAAGGGUGUAUUUAAGAAAAGGCAUUUGAUUCAAUAUUGUUGAGUUCUGGAAUGUAUGUGGCAUCAACAUUAUGUUAACCCCCCUGACCAGGGGGGUAUUCCACAAAGCAGGUUAUGUGACAUACCUGGGUAAGUUAACUCCCCAGCUGACACCCAGCAUUGUAGCAACAUUGCCGCAGGUUGCUGCAAAAUUGUGAAUUAGCUGGUAGGUUAACUUACCAGGUUAUGUUGCAAAACCUGCUUAAUGGAAUACCCCCCAGACCUGUCUCAAUGCAUGGCUAAACAGGAAAAUCUGACAUUUUGCAACAUGAAUGGGAUAUAUAUAAGAAAUACACACUUGUGUAUGUGAGAAACUCAGGUAACUCAAAGUAUUGUUAAAACGUUUUGAAUUUAAUUUAGCUCAAAAUUAUUUGAUUUAAACUUUGUAGCAUUUGAUGCUUGAAUGUGUAUUAAAUGAGUAAUACUAAAUAAUGAGGAAUUGUUAGUACGGUUGCUUUAGAGGUGUGAGGUGGUGUUUAAAUAUAUUGCCUUGGUGUCAAUGGUUGAUGCAGGUCUUAUGAUUUGGUGAUAUUUACCAUUGCAGGUACAAAAAUAAAUAACACGUGGACAAACA